CGUCAAAAGUAAAACUUGUUUUGUCAUUCACCGAAAUCCAGAAACAAGAUUCAUUCUCUCACUGCAAUAUUUGUAGUAUCGUAGCAGUCGGUUCUAUUCGUAUUUAAUAUCCAAACUUACAUUAUGCCUUCCGAACUUAGCACCACUAAAGUAAUUGUGCACCCGCUGGUGUUGCUCAGCGUGGUGGAUCAUUUUAAUCGGAUGGGUAAGAUUGGCAAUCAGAAACGCGUUGUUGGUGUACUGCUCGGUUGCUGGCGUGCUAAAGGUGUUUUGGAUGUGUCGAACAGUUUUGCAGUUCCCUUCGACGAAGAUGACAAAGACAAAUCUGUUUGGUUCCUUGACCACGACUAUCUGGAGAACAUGUACGGUAUGUUCAAGAAGGUGAACGCCCGUGAGCGUGUCGUUGGCUGGUAUCACACGGGGCCGAAACUUUGUCAGAACGAUAUUGCCAUCAACGAGCUGAUCCGGCGCUACUGUCCGAACUCGGUGCUGGUGAUCAUUGAUGCGAAACCGAAGGACCUGGGACUCCCCACCGAGGCGUACAUUGCGGUGGAAGAAGUGCACGACGACGGAUCUCCCACGUCGAAGACGUUCGAGCACGUCCCCAGCGAAAUCGGUGCCGAGGAGGCGGAGGAAGUCGGUGUGGAGCACCUGCUGCGUGACAUCAAGGAUACCACUGUUGGCAGUCUGUCGCAGAAGAUAACUAACCAACUGCUGGGCCUGAAGGGACUGAAUGCCCAACUACGGGAUAUCAAAAACUAUCUUCUCAAGGUUGGCAACGGUCAGCUUCCGAUAAAUCAUCAAAUUGUGUACCAGCUGCAGGAUAUAUUGAACCUGCUGCCCGAUAUAACGCAGGAAAACUUUACCGAUACGCUGUACGUGAAAACGAACGAUCAGAUGCUUGUGGUGUAUCUUGCAUCAUUGGUACGGUCGAUCAUUGCGCUGCAUAAUCUUAUCAAUAAUAAGCUCACGAAUCGCGACGCCGAAGAGGGCAAAAAGAACGAUGAUGCUAAGGACAAGAAAGCACAGGAAAAUAAGGAAGCGGGAUCGGAUAAGGACAAAAAUAAGAAGGAAAAUGAGAAGGAUGCGAAGAAGGAAGAUGUGAAAGCGGAGAAAGGCAAAGAUGAAAAGAAAAAGUAAUGUUACAAUGAUGUAUUCUCAGUUUAAGGAAUGUCAUUAUUUCUUUGGUAACAAAAUAAAUGAAAUAUAAGUACUGAUA